UCCAUGAUAAACAGGGUUUACAGUUUGGUUCAAUGGCUUUCAGCACCCCCACUGUACAAAUUGUUCCAGCAUCCUUAUGGUCCCUGCUCUACCACAGCCAGGCACAGGUUUUGCAGCAAGAGGGCUCUAGUGAUGCUGAGGGAGGGGAGGCUGGUCUCUGUUAACUGUCUGGCUUGAGCUUCCUGGGUCAGAGGCUGUGGUGGCUGCAUCUGAGCCCGGGCUGAGCCGCAGCUGCUCCCCAGCGGGGUGUGUGCGGGGAGAGACCUGCAUUAACCCCUCUCUGCGCCCAGCUGGGGGACUUUCUGCGGUGGCUGGAACCAGCCCCUAGGGCAGCCCCGGGCUCUGCCAACACCAGCCCCUGAGCCGGAGCCUGCAGUUCCAAUAACUAGGGUUUUCUGAUGGCUAAACCCGACGUGAUCUCCCAGCUGGGACGAGGGAGAGAGGUCCCAGCUCUCCAGAGAUCCAAGGAAAAGCAGAUCCCGAGAGAUGCCCGCGCAGCAAGUGAUGGGACCGUGGAUGAGAACCAGGAGGAGAAUUCUCAGCAGGAAGGUCCUAAGCAAGUGGAACCACAUGGGACAUCAUCAAGAUCUGAUGGGGACGUUUCCCAGAGUCCUGAGCAUGGAGAUGCCUGUGACAUCCAGCACAGGCCAGAGAGGCUCAGAGAAUGGUCAAUCAACCCUGCGUGGAGGAAGUCCGAAGGGACUUGGAGACGCAACAAAGACCCCUCCGGCACUGAACGCCUGCUGCCCCGACUGCAGGAAAAGCUUCCACCGUAGCUCAAACAUCGUCCAACAUCAGAGGACCCACAUGGGUGAGCGACCCUACUGCUGUGCCGAGUGCGGAAAGAGCUUCAGCUACAGCUCCUCCCUCGUCAAACACCAGAGGACCCACACGGGCGAGCGACCCUACAAGUGUCCCAAGUGCGGGAAGGGCUUCAGCCAUAGCUCCAACCUAACAGAGCACCAGAAAACCCACAGCAUUGCCACACCGUACACGUGCCCCGACUGUGGGAAAGGCUUCAAGGUGAGGUCCAACUUCCUCCACCACCAGUGGGUGCAAACCGGGGAGUGGCCCUACCGGUGCACCAAGUGCGGGAAAGCCUUCGCCCAGAGCUCCGACCUCAUGAAACACCAGUGGAGCCACACGGGUGAGAGACCCUAUCAAUGCCCUGACUGCGAGAAGCGCUUCACCCGCAACACGUACCUGGUCCAGCAUCGCUGGGUUCACACCGGCAAGCGCCCCUACCUCUGCCCUGACUGCGGGAAGGGCUUUGUAGUCAGCUCACGCCUCCUUGCCCAAUGGAGGGUGCACACGGGAGAGAUGCCCUACUGCUGCGCCCAGUGUGGGAAAGGGUUCAAGGUGCGGGCCAAUCUCCUGCACCACCAGGGGAUCGACACUGGGAACAAGUCUUUCAAAUGCCCGGAGUGCAAGAAAAGCUUCAGUCGCCGCUCCAACCUGCUCAUCCACCAGCGACUGCACACUGGGGAAAGACCCUUCAAAUGCACCGAGUGGGGGAAGGGCUUCAGCCGCAGAUUGGACCUGGUGACGCACCACAGGAUCCACACAGGCGAGAAGCCCUACACAUGCCCCGAGUGCGGAAAGGGCUUCACGCCGAGGUCCCACCUGGGGGUCCACCAGAGAACCCACACCGGGGAGAGGCCCUGCCAGUGCGCAGACUGCGGGAGGAGCUUCAGUCAGAAAUCGGCCCUGGCUAAACAUCAGAGAGUGCACCUGGCAGAGAGGCACGAUCCACAGCCCUGACUGCGGGGGUGGGUGGAUAAUCGAUGUGUUCAGAGUGAGGGCAGUUCUAAAAGAAUAAAAAUAUUUUUAAAAACUUGGUCCGGGCAAAACCAAAUCUAAAUUUUUUUGAGACUUGCAAAUAAAACUCAUUGUGGACAUGUUCCACAGCAGGGAUUUGAAGCUGGGUCUUUCAUGUCCUGGGUAAGUGCCCCACUCACUCAUUGCCUUGCUUGGUGUCUCUUUUUGGCCCCAGGAGUGAUCUAGGGAGCCCCACCGUGGAAUAUCCCACAGCUCACUGACUAGGGCUUGCUUCCAAGAAGUAGGAGACCUCUGUUCCGAUACUUGCUCUGGCAAAGGGGGGAAACUGAACCUUGAUUUCCCACAGCCAAAAUGAGUGUCUGAACCAGUGGGCCAAACAUGGUGGGGGAGGGUCAGCAGCAGUUCCUUCGUUUUGUGAAUAGCUGAAACUAUUCAUGUCACAUUUGUAAAUAGUUUCAGGCAUUUUUCAUUGAAUAAACUAUUUGUCCCUCCAGAAAUUUGCCCAGCUCUAUGCAGGACACAUUAGCCUCUGCAGAGCCAAUUAUUAACAUUGCAAUAGCACCCAUAUUGACAUAGAUGCUCCAUUGUGCUAGGCACAGAGAGAGACAGCCCCUGGCCUAAAGAGCUCAUGAUCUAAAUAAAACAGAUACAGAGAGGACAGCCUAUAAAUCCUCAUUGCACAGCUAAGACAAAGGGGAUGUGCCUUGACCAAGGACAUGUAGGAGACCAGUGGCAGGUCUGGGAAUAGUACCCAGGUGCUCUGAGUUCCAGCUUAGUGCCCAAUCCACUAGGCCAGUACUUCUUAACUAACGUGCUGUGAUUACAGCUGUGUGAUGAAUAGUUUUUUUUAGUUUGCAAGCACAGUAGAACCUCAGAGUUAUG